GACUUUCUUUUGGGUGAAUUUUUUAGUGUGCUUUUGUGUCAAAUUGAAGAAUAAGAAGAAUUUUUCCCUAAAAUCUGGCUCUUGAAUUUCCGUGAAAAAAUUCCCAUUUUCCGUAGUUUAAAAGUACAUUGGGUGUUAAAGGAGUGCCCCCGCGCCACGAAAUACGGGUUAUUUGGUGAAAAGGUCGCACGGUCUGUGCUGUAGAACAAAUUGAAAAUUCGCACAUUCUCCGUGACUUUAAAAUGGCGUCAACAGAUCAGUCCAAAAAUCGCAUGCAAGUCUUCAAAAAUAAAGGAAAGGAUCAAGAUGAAAUGCGAAGACGUCGCAACGAAGUAACUGUAGAGCUGAGAAAGAAUAAGCGUGAGGAGACAAUUCUAAAGCGUCGCAAUGUUCCGGUUGUGGAUUCCACAGAUGAAGAUGAUAACCUGUCAUCGUUGAAUUUGUUUAAACUUGUGGAAAAUGCAGCUGAUGCAUCGAAUCCGGAAAAGCAAUUGGCAGCCGUACAGUCAGCACGGCGUCUCCUGUCAUCAGAUCGGAAUCCCCCAAUUGAUGAUUUAAUUGCAAGUGGGAUCCUUCCGACACUCGUGCAGUGCCUGGAGAGGCAUGAUCAGUCAAUGCUGCAAUUCGAGGCUGCGUGGGCACUCACGAAUAUUGCUUCGGGUACGUCCCAUCAGACAAAUGAGGUUGUCAAGGCGGGUGCUGUGCCGCUCUUCCUGCAGCUCCUCUCAUCUCCGGCACCCAAUGUUUGCGAACAAGCCGUGUGGGCACUCGGGAAUAUCAUUGGAGAUGGGCCACACUUGAGGGACUUUGUGAUAAAACACGGUGUGGUGCAGCCGCUGUUGUCCUUCAUAAAGGCCAACACACCAAUCCCAUUCUUGCGCAAUGUUACGUGGGUCAUUGUGAAUUUAUGCCGAAACAAGGAGCCACCACCACCUACGGCCACAAUUCUUGAGAUUCUGCCCGCACUCAAUGUUCUCAUCCAUCACACUGACAUUAAUAUCCUCGUAGACACUGUCUGGGCGCUCAGCUAUCUCACAGAUGGUGGUAAUGAGCAAAUUCAACUUGUCAUUGACUGUGGAGUCGUACCGAAGCUCAUCCCACUCCUAGCUCACAUGGAUGUGAAGGUUCAAACUGCAGCUCUACGUGCAGUUGGGAACAUUGUGACGGGUAGUGAUGAUCAGACUCAGACGGUGCUCAAUUGUGACGCCCUCUCGUACUUCCCGGCAUUGCUGAGUCACCAGAAGGAGAAGAUUCGCAAGGAGGCCGUGUGGUUCCUCUCAAAUAUAACAGCUGGCAAUCAGACACAGGUACAAGCUGUCAUCGAUGCCGGCCUUCUGCCCAAGAUAAUUGAGAAUCUGGCCAAGGGUGAAUUCCAAACGCAAAAGGAGAGCGCCUGGGCCAUCAGCAAUCUCACAAUUAGUGGCAACAGGCAUCAAGUGUGGCGACUUGUCGAGGAGGGUGCCAUUCCACCCUUCUGUGAACUUCUCACCUGCCGCGAUACGCAGGUUAUCAAUGUCGUUCUCGAUGGGAUACACAACAUGCUAAAAAUGGGUGGUUCUCAUGUUGGUGAGAUUGCAGCUAUGAUUGAGGAAUGCGACGGAAUGUCCAAGAUUGAGGAGCUACAGAAUCAUGAGAAUGUAGAUAUUUACAAGUUGGCAUACGAAAUUAUUAGACAAUUCUUCAGUGAAGAGGUUGAAGAGAACGAAACAAUGAUUGUUUUCGAUCAGGACGUUCCGAUAGAAGGAUUCAAAUUCUAAUCCACACACAAAAUGCUCUUGACACGGAAUUACAGCGCUAUCAAAUUCUUUUUUUUUUUUUUUGUUUAAGUUCUCUUUAUUUUUCUAAUCAACACUCGCGAGUCUCUUCCGCAGUCACUUUUUCCGGGAAAGAGCAAAGAAAAAAAAAAACAAUAUUUCUUUUUGUUUGAAUAAAAUAAAUUAUUAGUUUCUUUGUCAAUUUAAAAGGACGCUAAAAGCGAAGGAGGAGAUUUAAGAAGAAGAAAAAAAGCCGCCCGCAAACUUCCGGAAGGGGUGAAUAAAUAAAAAAAAAAAAACCAAAAUGACGAGCGCGGAAUAAAAGAAAAUAAUAAUGUCAUGGAAUUAAGAGAAAACAAAAAAAAAUAAAUAUCUAGCUAUUAGAUAUGAGGGGAAAAUUACACGGCGCCAUAAAAAAAAACUAUCUUUCUCUUUUUUUAUUUGUAAGUAAAAUACUUUUUUUCAUAGACAUUAAAUGCUUUUUUAUACAUAUAAUAAUUAUUAUACUUAUAAAUUAAUUUAAAAAGAGAAAAAUUUCAUGUAUUAGAAGUUAUAUUUAUAUAAUUAAAAAAAAAAGAAAGCCUCGUUUUUCUUUUCUUGGUAAUUUAUAAAUAUCAAGGAAAGUAAUUUAAAAAAAAAGAAGAAGAAAAGUUAAAUAGAACUGGAAAAAACAAUUCUGUAAGUUUUGAGAUAGAAUCGCGUCGUAUUGAUAUGAAAAUUUAAUUAUAUAUCUUCUUAAUUAUGUAAAAACUUACUAAAAAUGGAAUAAAAUGUAGAUAAAUUUGA